GUGUCACAGAGGAUGGAGGAGAUACCGGAGCCAGGCGCGGGCCGGGCUGGCGCUGGGGCGGCAGCGAUGGCGGAGGGCGACAGCGAGAAGAGCGACAGCGUCGCUAGAGGGGAGGCCGCGUCGUCGUCACCGCCGUGCUCCCCUCUGGCGGCCGCUGUGGGCGAGGGCGGCGGAGCGAAGCCCCUGAGCGCGGCGGAAUACGCGCGGCGGGUGCACCAAUGGCUCUGGGACUCGUACUGCGGGUAUCUCAGCUGGCAGAGCUGCCUGCCCGCCCUUCUUGCCGCCUCCGCCGCGCCCGCCUACGCCAACGGCCCCCCUCGCGUCGCCGCACCGCCGCCAGGGGUGGCCGCCGCCGCUUACUACAGCCCCUUCUACCUCUUCGCUCCGGCGCCGGUCCCCACGCCCACCGCUGGGCCGGGGCCCCGCGCCGCAGCCUCCGCCGCCACCCCCGCUUGGCCGGGAGCGGCGGGCAGGUUGGCCCCUCUUCCCAGAACGGCCGCCAGCAGCCCCGUCGGCACCAGCGGCAGCGGCGCCCCCAGGGAGACGGGGCGGCCAGCAGGUCGGGAAUUCAUGAUCCCUUCCCUGGCACACAGGUUCAUAGCAGAGAUGGUGGAUUUUUUUAUUCUCUUCUUUAUAAAGGCAGCCAUUGUUUUAAGUAUUAUGCACCUCAGUGGAAUAAAGGAUAUCUCUAAAUUUGCCAUGCAUUACAUCAUAGAAGAGAUAGAUGAAGAUACAUCCAUGGAAGAUUUGCAGAAAAUGAUGGUGGUAGCUCUCAUCUACAGAUUGUUAGUCUGCUUCUAUGAGAUAAUCUGUAUUUGGGGUGCAGGUGGAGCAACCCCAGGGAAAUUCCUGCUUGGACUGCGCGUUGUGACGUGUGAUACGUCAGUGCUCAUUGCGCCCAGCCGUGUGUUAGUCAUUCCAUCCUCUAAUGUCAGCAUGACAACGUCCACAAUACGAGCUUUGAUCAAGAAUUUUUCUAUUGCUUCAUUUUUCCCUGCAUUCAUUACGCUGCUGUUUUUCCAGCAUAACAGAACAGCCUAUGACAUUGCAGCAGGGACUAUUGUGGUGAGAAGAAAUGGAGUCAGAUGAUACCGAAAGCUGAGAUUUUUCAGACUGGUUUUGAGCAUCCCCUCCCACCCCUGGCAAACAAAGACCUACCCCAAAACUGAAAUAGAGGUGUCUAUCAGAAUCUUUUGCCCAAAUUAAAUGGGAACUGAUUCAGAAGCUAAAGAAAACCUUUUGCUCUGGUAUGAUGCCAGCAGCUACCUUCAAAGUAUUUGGAGUUUUCAAAAAUGCCAAAGAAGUUUGGGAGAAAUAAUACCUGUUCUUUCUGGAAGUGUUAUCUUUUUGUCUCUGAGGCAAAAGCAAGCAGCUGUAUCACAUGUAUUCUGUUUGUCAUUUUGUGGAAAGCAGAUGUCCAGAAACACUCCACCUUAAAAGAAGCGUUGCUCCAGCAGUUUGGGAUAUUGGCAGGUAACUAGAAAAUCGUGUUGGUUUCCAAUCAGUUGAAGUCCUGCAAUAAACUGGGAGAGGAGAACUGCAGUAUUAGGCAGCCAGGCAAAUCCAAGCUGCCAUGCGCAUGUACAAAGAGAUGAGCAGUGUUUUCUCAUGUCCCUUAUUAUUGCUUCACUGAUCAUAUUCCUUCACCACUUGAAGUAUUUUACCAGAAAGUGGAUGUGAAGUUUCUUGCAUGAUUUUCUGAAGCAUUGUCACUUCUUUCACAUGUCAAGAGCUCACAAAGAGGUGAAAUCACAGCUGCUUUCUGGGAAGGGUGCAUUACGCUGCAGUGUUAGUGAAUGAGUGUAAAUAACUGCGGAGCCAUGAACAACACAGGCCAUGCUAAGAAAGGUAACAGUUUUGCUUCUGUUGGGAGUGAAAGCACUGGGCUGUUCCUUGUGUAUAGUACUAAGCCAAACAAUGGGAUGUGUUUUGGGAGCAUGAACCGAAAUGUGUUAUGGGUGUAAAUCUUCUAAAGUACAAAUACUGGCUAUUUCCACUUCAUAACUGGCUAAUUGUUUGUAUAUUCAGGAUAACUUAAACACUGAAUAAAGAAGCCUGGUAUUUUGCAUGAUUACAUAGGUUUGAUUGUUCUCAUGUAAUUAGUAUCUUGGGAAAGGAAUAUAAACGAUGAUAUUAAAGUUUUAUUAAAAUCUGA